CAUUCCUGUACACUCUUCUGUCCCUCCGAUGGACUGGAAACCUGUUGAAAUCAUGAAGCUCCUUCUCACCGUCGUGACUCUUUUCAUCUGCUCAAAUUAUGGUGUUGAUUCCCGUUCUCCAUCAAAAAUCGUGGGUGGAAAGCGAGUGGAUAUCACCGAGGCUCCAUUCGCCGUAACGAUUCGUCAUAACACCACAAUCGCCCGUUGCGGUGGUGUUAUUAUUGGGCCAAAAUGGAUUCUUACUGCAGCUCACUGUUUUCCAUUGAACACCACGGAUUAUCAACGAGAUCCCCGUUGGUUUCGUGUUGUUCCAGGCGUCAAUGCCUAUUCCCCCGAUGCUAAAUUCUACAAAAUUAAGGAAGUUUACAGUCAUCCGGAUUUCGAGCCCGAUGUAGACAUCCUUUACGAAAUAAGAGCAGAUAUUGCAGUUAUCGAAUUGGAGGAAGAAAUUCCAUUUGAUGAUAAAAGCUCGGCCAUCGAAUUGGGACGUGACAUCGUCCCAAACGAUACUAUGGCGAUGAUCUAUGGUUGGGGAUUGAAGGACAGACCUACCAAAUCAUUUACUACGUCAUUGCACGGAUUACCUGUGAAAAUACCUAGUAGGCAUCAGUGUUUACACAUGCAAUAUGGAAAGCCACAUCCUUACGAUCAGAUGUGUUUUUAUAACUGGAAUAACGGUACUAGUUGUGGUGGUGACAGUGGUGGCCCAGUAGUUGCAUACAAUAAAGUUAUUGGUAUCAUUUCUAUUGCACGUAUCGACUGCACUACUGUAACUCCACCCCGUGCCACUUAUGUUUAUUUCUACAAAUUAUGGAUUGAAAAGAUUAUGGCAGGCACAGGAACGGCGGUCAAAAUUUCCGACGGUUGGGGCAAUGACGUGAAGAAAUCGUCACCAACUCCAAAGCCAACUAGAGAGCCACGCAUAUAUGAUGAGUUGUCUUAUUAUGAAAAGUAAUGUUCAUUUCUAGCUGAGUACUUUGAAAUAAGCAGCUAGUGGCUAUGGGUCAUCAAUACAUAUUUCUUCGGCCAUUUAUUUUUAUUUCUAUUUGACCCAGAACAUCUCUUCAACAUUCAAAUUCAAAUCUAAAUUGAAAUUAAUUGCUAGCGAUUUAGCACGGAGAGAAAAUAUCGAAUCAAAACUCGACAGCCAAAACUCGAGUGCCUCGUUGCAUCAUAAAUUUUUAUUACAUGUCUAACGCGUGUAAAUUUCAACACAAAUAUUCAAUAAAAAUCACGCAAAAACAUAUUUUUUUGU